UAUGGCGUUCCUGUGCUUUCUUGCCUCCAUGAAAAUUCGGAAAUACAUAAUGAUUAAUAUAACCACACCUGUUGGAAUAAUGAUCAAGAUCAGGCGACGUUGAACUUCAAAGCCUUGUGGAUUCAUCUGGUAACAAAUGAAAAUUCCUUCAAUUCGUUUGGUCUUCCAGAACAACUGGACGCUGGCAUACAGACCGGCUAGAAUCCAAGAAAAAACGAUAGCACAAUAAAUUCGUGUCUGAGUAAUAAUUUGUCCAUAUCGUAAAGGUUUAACUAUUGCAACAUACCGGUCUGUAGUAAUAAAAAUGAGAUGGAGAAACGACGCCGACAUAAAAAUUUUCACAGGUAUGUAUUGUAACUGACAAUCAACGACGUUCUGCAGGAAGAGGGAUCCCCGCACGACAAGCCCCCACACGAAGGUGGGGACACCGAUGAUCCCCAUACUAAUCCAAAUGAGAAGAAGACUUAAUAUAAGAGUUCCAGCGGAAGAUUGAUCGAGUUCCUAGUCCAUAUAUUAAGCGCCCUGAGCAUCUAACAUUAGAUGGAUAUGUGCGCUAUAUAAAACUACACUAUUAUUAUAUAUAUAUAUAUAUAUACUGUAUAUAUUAUAGUUUAAUAUGAUACAAUCAGUAAAUAAAGAAGGUGACGUUAAAGCAACAAAUGACUAUCGGUCAUUGACUAGCCCAGUCAUCAGAAACACACGACUAGUUACGGUAGAACCUGUCAUAGCAGGUUUCAUGAUGGCAGAUGGUAUAUUUUAUGGUGUUCAGUCAGAAUUCAUUCAAGGAAGAAUUGCUAUCCUCCAUAAUUACACUUUGCCAAACAACGCUGAAAAUGGAACGUGUUCCGUGAACGAGUCCAACGCACAGAGUAAGUUGCAAAGCGAGAUUCAGGCCGAAACAUCGGUGUGGUUGAUGUACUUUACACUAGCCUACGCCUUACCAUCGAUAUUUAUGACCGUAAUAAUUGGGGCAUGGAGCGACUCUGUUGGAAGAAGAUUCGCUGUUCUGACAUCUUCCGCUGGAACUCUUAUUAAUUUCAUCACUUGGACACUUGUUGCUCAUUUUGAACUUCAUCUAGAAAUUUUAAUCGCCUCAUCGUUUGUAAAAGGAUUAUGUGGAGCCACAUCUCUCUUCAAUGCUUCUUGUUUUACAUACAUAUGUGACGUUACUACAAAAGAAAACAGAACACCGAGAAUAAUUGUAUGUGACUGUGUUUUAUUGCUUUCGCUAGGUAUUGGUCAAUUGUGUGGAGGAUUUCUCGUUGAUUAUUUCGAUUUUACGAUUACGUUUACUAUCUCGGUUUGUUUUACCUCUAUGGCAAUUAUUUACACAUCGAUACCAUAUUUGCUCCGGGAAACUAUUCUCAUCAAAACCAGAUUUAAAGAAAAUUUGACAAGAUCUAUAAACGGUGUUGUGAAAGUACUGGCUGAAAAAGAUGUGGAGUAUAGAAAAACAUUUUAUAUUAUUAAUUUUGUAUUCUUCAUUUUAACGACCUUUACAACUGCAAACUCGCCAUAUGGAUUGCUGAUUGUUCAUUUUCUUGGUGAACCAUUUUGUUUUUCAUUCCUGUUAUUGUCGUAUUAUUCAGCCGCGAUGUCAUUUAGUCCAGCACUUGGAUUGGUUAUGUGCGCUUUAUUUUUGAAAAGAUGGCUUGACGAUUAUUGGCUUCUUCAUCUCGGCAUGUGUUCCGCCAUGCUAUUCUUCUAUGUUGGUGCCGCUGCCAAAACAACCGCAGUUGCAUUUGUCGGAGUCGGACUUGGAAUCUUCAAGACCUUAUUUGGACCAUCAUGCCGAUCCUUAGUCUCCAAGAGUUCCUCUCCUCAGGAACAGGGUGCUGUUUUUGGAUUCUUAGGGAUGGCAGAUGCAUUAGCAGGUAUUGCCUCGCCUCUUAUUCUUAACAACAUAUAUUCAGUGACUGUCUACAGCAUGCCUACGUUCGUGUUCUGGAUGUGUGGCAGUUUCUGCCUGUUACCAAUUAUAGCAGUCAGUUAUCUGCAGCUUAAUAACCGGAACAAGAAACAGAAAAUAGUUAUAGAUGUGAAUUCAGAUAUAACACCAGAUAACCCCUCUAUGAUGAAUUGAGGAUUUCGCCAGGACCUGUCAAGGACGAAGAAAAUACUUACCGUACCAUAUUUUCUAAACUAACACAGACAUUUUUCAGGUGGACCAGCAUAUUUGGUGUAAUAUAUUGUAUCCCUGUACAUAUCUGAAGAUGCAUUCUUCAAUCAAUUGAAGAAUGUACAGAAUUGACACAAGUUGGAUGAACCCAUAAAAAAGAGAAAACAUUACUGUAAACUAGACUAGACACUAAUUCCCCAAGUUGACGCAAGGGAAACGGAUAGAAUUUAACAUGGGACAGAAAAAUCCGAAAGGAUUUUUAUGGUCCAGCACACGUACAAUUGAUACCAAUUUAGCCUAAUGAACUAUAACAUGUCUAUAUCUCUAUGAUAAAUCAACGUCUAUUUAAGUUUGCCUAAUUUUAUUUAAUGUGCAUCCAAACGAUAGCAAUAUAUACUUGAGUUGUUUCACUACUCUAUAAGUCGAGUAAAUACUUUUGUUUUCAAAAAUCUAGAUUUAAAAAACAAUAGUAGGGAAAAUAGAUCUCAAUUGAAAAUACGAUUAUACACAUUAUUAUUGGUCCUUUAUUUAGGAUAUCCUCGAGUUGGCAAUUAAUUUUUAUGUUAGCCAUGGCAAUUUUGCAUAUUUUGAACCAAGUCCGUCACUGGAAUAUUAAUUUUUUUUUAUCACACGAAAGCUAUU